AUGUCCUCCAGCAUCCACGAAUUAGCCACGCAGAUCCUCACCCUAUGCUCCCAGCUGGAGCAAACCUGCAACGCAUCAGGAAUUCCUCCCCCAACGUUAUCCACCGACACCAGAACCACCUUCUGGUCUGACUUCGCGGUAGCCACCACCAGAACAACCGCCCUUGGCCUCUUAGACCAGCUCACUACCCUCCUCCAAGGACCCCACGACUUCCUACACGAGUUCGUUUCCUCGAACUGGGACCACGGCGCACUUUACGUAUUCCUGCAGUCUCAGACCUUGGAGUACAUAGCCCAGUCUGGUCAGGCAUCUCUCCACGAUCUAUCAACACACUCCGGAAUCCCAGCGGACAAACUGCUCCGUAUUCUCGGACUCCUCCGAUGUCGACAUAUUAUUUCCGAGCCGGAGAAAGGAGUAUUUACCCUGACUGCCGUGUCUGAGGAGUUACUUGAAGAUGGUGAUUUCCGUGCUUGGGUUGAGUUUCAGCUUUUCGAGACCCGUGUCGCGAGCGCACAUCUAGCAGAUGCUCUGGCGCAUAAACCGAAUGGAUACACGGAUGGUACAUCGGGAUUUAAAGAAGGAUGGGGCAUGGAGAUGUAUGACUGGCAUGUUCAGUAUCCGGACAAGGGCGAGCGGUUUCGUCGUGCGAUGAGGGGGAUUUCGAGGGCCCUCGACCCCGCCGACUGCCUCCUUGAAACAUGGAUCCAACAACACCCACCCACAUCCCGGACCAAGAUCGUCGAAAUAGGAGGUCGGUAUGGGUUUGCUUCUGUAUCCCUCGUGCAGAAGCUUCGAGAUCUGUCGUUCGAAGUUCGCUGCGAUACGCAGGAUUUCCUCGACCGGGGUAGUGCACUAGUUCCAAGCGAGUGUCGUGAUCGCAUAUUUUUCACACACCGUCCCUCCUUGUUCGAUCCACUUCCUAUGGCCGAUAAACCCAGAGUUUGGUUCUACGUUAUCAGAAACCUAUUCUGGAAUUGGCCCGACGAGGAUGUCAUUCAGCUGCUACAGACCAUAAAACGGGCCUCGGACUCGUUUACACGCAUCCUAGUGACCGAUGGUGUCUCUCCUCAAUCAGGGGAAUUUCCUCCGCAUGAGGAGAUUGCAUAUCGUCGACGGGAUGUCACCACAAUGACGAUGCAUAAUGUGAAGCAGAGGACGCAGGCGGAGUGGAUGGAUGUGUUUGGAUGUGUUGGGGAGGGUAUACAGAUUGAGACGACAUUUGAGAGGAGUUCGCAUGUUUGUAAGGGGUUGUGGGAGAUUAGGUUUGGGGGUGAUGGGGCUUAG